ACAAACCGCGGAGGGCUGUUGUGGGAGAAAUUAGCGUCUUUGCUUCACGACACUCGUCUGUGUUGAAAAAUAUAGUGUUUAAAUUGCAAUAUUAGCCGGUUGCAACUGGAGGAGACGCUCGUUUAAGUCGAAGGAACGGCACUGCAUGGGCCGGGUACCUCCAGACAGGCAGCAUGAGUUCGAAAGUGGGGAACACUGCUCUGACCCGUCGCAACUACAGACUGGCUUCAGACACAGACAAACCCAAAGUAGCAGGUAUUGUGAAUGAGAAGUUGCUAAGUGACUACCUGUACCAUGUAUUUCCUUCUACCAAGCAAGGUCCUGCACUAGCGUCCCUCAGAAAGCCUCUCGGUUUCCAGGAUCUUGGGGCCCACCUGGAAGGAUUGCUGUCUGAGGGAGAACCUACUGAGGAGAGCAGAGAUCAGCCUGUUGAAGGUCGUUUGGGCCCCCAGCCCGUUGUUUUGGAUCAUACCAGUGGCUUUGAAGGGCUUCUUUUUGUAGAUGAUGAUCUACUCGGGGUUAUUGGUCACAGCAACUUCAGUUCCAUCAGAGCUACAACAUGUGUUUAUAAAGGGAAAUGGGCAUAUGAGGUGCUAAUCUCAUCCCAGGGUCUGAUGCAAAUAGGGUGGUGUACCCUAAACUGUCGCUUCAACCAAGAGGAGGGUGUGGGUGAUACUCCGGACUCAUACGCCUACGAUGGAAACAGAGUGCGAAAGUGGAAUGUGACCACCACUAACUAUGGAAAGUCAUGGGCAGCUGGAGAUAUUGUCAGCUGUCUGAUUGACCUGGAUGAGGGAACCAUAACAUUCUGUUUGAAUGGUCAAUCUCUGGGCACAGCUUUCACCAACAUUAAGAUGGGCCCAGGCAUAGCUUAUUUUCCUGCCAUCAGCCUGUCCUUCAAAGAAUCUGUGGCUUUCAACUUUGGCAGCAGACCGCUCAGAUACCCUGUGGAUGGCUACCUGCCCCUCCAGAAUCCUCCAACUGCAGACUUGAUGAAAGCACAAAAACUCCUGGGCUACAUCAAGAAUGUCCUCUCCACUGCUGUAGAUACACAGGAGGAGAGGUUGGUGGAGAAGGACUGUGCAGUAUGGCAGCUUCAUGGAGAACCCACAGUUCUGAUCACACUGGCUCACAUCCUCAACCACUUUGCUCCACUCAUGUGUAAAGUGUACCUGGUGGAGGAUGUGCUGAUGAACUUCCUGUUGGGUAUUCUAGAAGGAGGAGGAUCAGUAGAUGAACAUCCGCUCAUACAACAGCUCCUGGACCUCUUCUGGCUACUAAUGGAGGACUAUGAAGUGAACGAGUGCCUGAAGCAGCUGAUGAUGUCUUUGCUGAGGGCAUACCGCUUCUCCCCCAUUAUCCCUGACCUUGGAUUCCAGAUCCACUAUCUGCGCCUGACCACAGCCAUCCUACGCCAUGAGAAAUCCAGGAAAUACCUGCUUAACAAUGUGUUAUUUGAUGUGUUGCGUUCGGUCGUAUUCUUUUAUAUUAAAACACCCCUGAGAGUCAAGGAGGCGGGGCUAGAGGAGCUUAUCCCGACCACCUGGUGGCCCACACAUUUUGACAAAGAGGGGAAAGAUGAGCGAGACCCCAAAGACGAAAGUGCAGAUGAACGAUUGAGGCGCCGAGCUUACGAGAGAGGCUGUCAGAGACUGAAAAAGAGGAUUGAAGUGGUGGAAGAAUUGCAAGUGCAGAUACUGCGAUUGCUGCUAAAUAACAAAGAUAAAGCAACAGGUGAAGCGUCACGGUACAUCUUCCUGAACAAAUUUAGGAAGUUUCUUCAAGAAAAUGCCAGCAACAGAGGGCAGCACCCCACAGCGUUGUGCCCUCCAGAGUACAUGGUGUGCUUCCUCCAUCGUCUUAUAACAGCUGUGAAGUCCUGUUGGGACGAAUGCAAACGGAAGUGCCCAGGCAGCAUCAGCAGUGAAGAUGCCUACAUCCCUCCACAGCUCUUCUACAAUGGGAAGGUAGACUAUUUUGAUCUGCAAAGACUGGGGGGCCUCCUCUCCCAUUUGAAGAAAACUCUUAAAGAUGAUUUGGCCAGUAAAGCCAACAUUAUCAUUGACCCUGCAGAGAUCCAGGCCACAUCCAUGGAUGAUUUGGAUGAGGAUGAAGAGAGUGGAGCAGCACAGAGACCAUUUGGUGCAGUGGCUAUGGGUGGAGCUCUAGCACGGCCCAGUUGGCUGAGUUCCCCUACGCUGGGCCGGGCUAACAGGUUUCUCAGCACAGCCGCCGUCAGUCUCAUGACCCCCAGGCGACCCCUUGCACAGCCAGAAAAAGUUAAAGUUCGUACCCUUGCUGUGGAACAAAGGACUGAAGAGGACAUUGAGGGAAGCCAUGGUAAUGAUGGUUUGUUGCUGGGGCGACCAUUGGAAGAGCCAGAUCAGCCAUUUGCUGACAAGUCCUUACUCGAGAUUGUUGAUGGGAUUGUGAUGAUGUACAAUCUGAGUGUUCAUCAGCAACUAGGCAAGAUGGUUGUGGUGUCAGAUGAUGUACAUGAAUAUGCUGUUGCACUGAAGGACACAGACGAGAAAAUGGCACGAUGUCCUGCAAGAAGACCAGACAUUCUGGAGGAGCUCCAGAAAAGCCAGAAGGUUUUUGCUGAGAAGCUGAAUCACCUCAGUAGGAGACUGGCUUGGAUCAACGCCACUAUCUACUCCAAGGAGAAAAUGUUGGAUAUCUACUGGCUGCUCUGUGUUUGUAUCCGGACCAUUGAACAUGCUGACAACACUGGGUCCUUGUUUGCCUUCACUCCAGAGUUCUACCUCAAUGUAGCCAUGAAUGCGUACAGCGCUCUCAAGAACUACUUUAGCCCAUCAAACAGCAUGGAUGAGCUCCCAGGCUAUGAGGAAACAUUAACCCAGCUGGCUGCUAUCCUGGCCAAACACUUUGCAGACCCAUGUAUAGUUGGAACAGAUAUUAAAGACUCUCUGAUGCAGGCACUGGCCAGCUAUGUUUGCUAUCCACAAUCUCUGAGGGCAGUUGAAAGGAUUUCAGAGGAGCAGCGUGUUGCCAUGAUGAGGAAUCUAUUGGCCCCUUACGAGCAGAGACCAUGGGCUCAGACAAAUUGGAUUCUGGUUAGACUGUGGAGGGGUUGUGGUUUUGGCUAUAGGUACACUCGCCUUCCUCACCUCCUGAAAACCAAACCCGAGGAUGCCAACCUGCCUAGUUUACAGAGGGAUCUGUCAAUUGCUAGUUUUCAGAAACCAUGUCCAUCAUUGCUGCUGCAGAGACACAUGGCAGAGCUGCUGACUAUGGACAAAGACAUGGCAGCUUCUUUCCUCAACAGCGUCCUAAACCAGCUCAACUGGGCCUUCUCUGAGUUUAUUGGCAUGAUCCAAGAGAUUCAGCAGGCUGCAGAGCGCCCAGAGAGAAAUUUUGUGGACACACGUCAGUUGAAGGUGUGUGCGACAUGCUUUGACCUCUCAGUCAGUCUCUUACGUGUGCUGGAGAUGACUGUCACCUUGGUGCCAGAGAUCUUUCUGGAUUGGAGCCGCCCCUCUGCAGAGCUCCUCCUCAGGCGAUUGGCUCAGCUCUUAAACCAGGUGUUAAACAGAGUGACGGCAGAGAAGAACUUGUUUGAUCGUGUUGUUAAUUUGCGACUACCAGGUCUAGAAAGUGUCGACCACUACCCCAUCCUAGUUGCUGUUACAGGAAUCCUGGUUCGAAUUCUUGUGGAUGGAGACAGACAGGGAAAAUCAAGAGCUGCAGCAGUUCUGCUCUCUGACUCCUGUUUCCAGCUUCACUCCAUCCAGCUUCUGCUCGGAGAGGGAGGAGAUGGUUCUGGCUCUUCAGCAGCGGUGAACUCUGGUGCUCGUCCAGCAGUUGGGUCUUUGGGGCUGUCUGUGGUCCCCCCAGUUUCAUCAGCCCCUGGGGCCACUGGCACUUCAGAGCGCAAACACUUCUCCCUGCAUGCAUACACUGACUACAUCAGUGAUGAAGAAAAAGAGAAGGUUCAACUGAUGCUGGCAUUCCUCACAGAAGAAUCCCAACAGGCUGCUGCCAGCACAGCUCCAACCAGUGAAGAAGACCUCUGCCCUAUCUGCUACGCUCAAUCCAUCUCUGCCAUCUUCAAGCCCUGCUCCCACAAGUCAUGCAAAGGCUGCAUCAACCAGCAUCUGAUGAACAACAAGGACUGUUUCUUCUGCAAAGCCACAAUCACCGGUGUGGAAGACUACAGCAAGCCAGCUAGCUCUUAACACACAAACAGAAGCCAAAAAUUAAACGCACCUGCACAGCUAAA